UUCAGUUUUAGUUUAAUUUUUUAGUUAGUUUUAGUUGCUUUUACAUUUUUCUUUCAAUACUGGCAUAUGUGUGACUCACAUACACAGUUGACUCACAUCCUGUAGAGCCUAUAUAAUCAAAUUACAGGACUAACAUCAAGCUUUUGCCUUUCAGUCUUUCCUUUGCCUGCUGCUCCUAUAAGCAAUGACCGCAACCUCUGCGGUUUCGUUUUUCGAAUGGGUCGGCCUCAGAAGUGUUUUUUUGUUUCUUGCUGUGAUUUUAAUACUCAGCAGCCUAAUAAGACAAAAAAGGCCAAAAAACUUCCCCCCCGGACCCUGGCCGCUACCUUUCGCCGGCAAUUUACUUAGCCUCAGUGCAUCAAAGAUCCACCUUCAGCUAGCCAAGUUUGCCAAGCAAUAUGGAAACAUUUUCAGUCUACGUCUGGAACGAAACAUCGUUGUUGUGAACAGUUUUAAACUCGUGAAAGAAGCCCUAGUUCAACACGGGGAAAACUUUGUAGAUCGUCCAGGACAGCCGAUGUUUGAAGACACUGUGCAAAAUAGCGGUUUCGUGAUCUCCAAUGGCUACCUAUGGAAACAACAAAGGAGGUUUGCUCUCUCAGUCCUGAAGAACUUUGGACUGGGCACAAGGAGUCUUGAGCCAUCCAUUCAGGUGGAGAGCACAUUCCUGAAUGAGGUCAUAACCAAUACACAAGGCCAACCAUUUGACCCUCAGUUCACCUUGAUCAAUGCCGUGUCCAACAUCAUCUGCUGCCUGGUGUUUGGGGAUCGCUUUGACUACAGUGACAGCUACUUCCGAACUCUGCUGAAGAUGAUCAAUGAAACUUUCUAUUUAGAAGGAAGCAUUUGGGCUCUGAUGUAUAAUAUGUUCCCCUGGCUGAUGCGGAGAAUCCCUGGUCCCCACAAGAAGAUAGUGUCACACUGGAAGACUCUGGUCUCUUUUGUCCAGCUGAAAAUUAAGGAGCAUCAGGAAACCUGGGACCCAUCAUCUCCGAGAGACUAUAUAGACAGCUUCCUGUCGGAGAUGGAAAAGUGGAAAGAUGAUGCUGAUGCCGGUUUUAAUGAGGAGAACUUGUGUUACUGUGCCUUGGAUCUGUUUGCUGCUGGAAGUGAGAGUACAGCUACAACUCUGUACUGGGGCUUGCUGUACAUGAUCAAACAUCCAGACAUACAAGAGAAGGUGCAGGCUGAGAUAGACAGUGUGGUUGGACGGUCACGUCAGCCCAGCAUGGCAGACAGGCCGAACAUUCCGUACACUGACGCUGUCAUCCAUGAGAUACAGAGGAUGGGCAACGUUGUACCAGUGAAUGCACGUUUAACCACAAAAGACACAGAGCUGCGAGGAUACACAAUUCCAAAGGGAACGACGCUGAUGGUGACAUUAGACUCUGUGCUCUUUGAUGAGACUGAAUGGGAGACUCCCUUCACCUUCAAUCCUGGGCAUUUCCUGGAUGCAGAGGGGAAGUUCAGGAGGAGAGAUGCCUUCCUGCCCUUUUCAGCUGGGAAGAGAGUGUGCCUGGGGGAGCAGCUGGCUCGGAUGGAGCUCUUCCUGUUCUUCACCUCCCUUCUCCAGCGCUUCACCUUCUCUACAGCCCCAGGGAUGGAGCCCAGUCUGGAGUUCAAACUGGGAUUCACACGCUGCCCAAAACCCUACAAGCUAUGUGCUACCCCCCGCUGAGCCUAUCUACACUUGAGAGGUGAACUGGGAGCCCUGGUCCAGCUGAAUGUCUUGCCUUGGGGUCUUUGUCUGGGGGUAAACAGGAUUGGACAGUAUAUAAUCUUCCAGUGUUGAUGACGAUCAAAAUUUAUGUCUAAGGAAUUUGUGAGGCCUGGUGACAGUGGAUGGCCAGAGCCAGAGUCAACACAAUGAAGAAUAAGUCUGUAGUGCAGUAGAAGAUGUAGUAUUUGUGCAACAUGGCAAAUGGAGCACAGUAUAGAAGAAAAAAUAAGGAUAAAGUUUAGAUACAGAUAAAGUGCGGGUGGAAUUUUAACAAUGGCAACACAAUGAAAUGGGGGAUAUAUAUUCUGUCAUGCAUUGAGUUUGAGAGUAGAUGGUGUUUGAGUAUUUUGUGCCUGUAUUUCAGAUCAGUCCUCAACAACAGACUCCAUUCUAUCCUCUAACUCUGUCCUGCUUUUCACUUCUGUCUCAGCUGAGCUCCGGAAUUCCAGUUCAAUUAUUGUCUGCUGCUCUACUUCACCAGGCAGUGAAUAAAAAUGUGUUCAUUCAUUUGCUCCUUUUGCUUGUGAUUUUGCGCUCAGCUUUGCUGUGAUUCUGUAGCAUGUGACUUUUUGACAGUCUUUUUACAUUAUGAUACUUUGGUUUUGGUCACUCGAUUGUAUGUAUUUCUGUAUUAUGUUGUAGUGAUUGAUCUUUUUUUUGGGGGAGGGGGCGGCUUUUACUUGUCAAGAAAGGGAGGUGAAUUGUUGUGUCGUUUUUGUUUCUGGUAGGUUCAGUUAGAAAUAAGUUCCUUUCCUCAGUUACUUGUGGGUGUUUUGUUUAUCAUGUUGGCUUUGGUCCAUCCUGAUGCAAAUCCUUGCACAAUGUAAUUCUCCAGUUAAUACACUCUUCCUGUUUCUUCUGUACACCAUGCUGUCUCUAGGCUUCUUUAUUUUACCUGCUUAAUGAGACAAUGUAAUGUUGUGAUAACACGCUAUACAAAAAUA